CUUUGCACCUUUUUUUUUACAAUUCAUUCUCUUUCCCCCCUGAUUACUCUAAUUGGUAUUUCCUCAUCUUACCACUAACUCUUUCCUUUUAGUGCUAUCUGAAUGCACACCAACACAGACAUUUCUCCACCGCAGAAUUCGGAUGUAACCAUGGUCGAUGCUACUCAGCCUCAAACACAGCCACAGCCACAGGUCAGGGUCGGACAACGUAUCGAGUCUGAACAUUUUCGAGGCACCAUUCGUUAUCUGGGUGAGGUGCCUCCAACCGCAGGAGAGUGGAUCGGCGUUGAAUGGGACGACAAGGAACGCGGCAAACACUCGGGUGAACACAAUGGAACCAAAUACUUCGAAUGCCUGUUUCCUGGAACUGGGAGCUUUACACGACUGACUCCAAAGAUCCAUACUGGAAAGACCUUUCUCCAAAUUUUGAAAGAAAGAUAUGUUGAUGACGAUAAGGGUGCUCAGAAAGAUUUGUAUCUUGGAUCUUCAAAUGUCAAAGUGGAUCUAUAUGAUUUUGAGAGAAUCAAACAUAAACAGAAGAAAUUACACUUGAUGGAGACCGUAGGCCUUGCCAACACAAAUGUAGAAACUGCUGCAGGCUUUGAAGAGACUCAGAAGGCAUGCCCAAAUAUCCAGGACUUGGAUCUCACAGCAACGCUCGUUUCGACAUGGCAGGAUGUAGCUGAUAUUUGCGCACCUCUUUCCAGAUUGGAAGUCCUAAGAUUGAAUCGUAAUCGGUUCCAGCCGCUUACUGAGUCACCUUCAUUCUUAUAUGCGUUCAAAAACCUUCGCUGCUUGGCGAUCAACCGUAUCUAUGCGCCUUGGGAUCAGAUCGAACUUUUGGAGCCAUCAAUGCCUAACCUUCAAGUACUUCAGAUCGGCUUCAAUAUGUAUUCGGAGCUUGGGAAGACGGAUAGCACCAUGCCUGUUCUGGCUCAAAAGGUUAAGGGAUUCGUCAAUCUCGAGGACCUGCAUCUAGAAGGCAACAUGCUUGCUGACUGGAACCAGAUCCUUCGCCUCUCCCACUUACCAAAACUCAAGUCACUGGAUCUUUCUGAAAAUAAAAUUGACAACAUUACCGGUCCACAGGACGAAAAUGAUUUCAAGGUACUAGAAUCGCUACGCUUAGCGGAUAACUUGCUCAAAAACUGGUCCAGCAUUGACCAGUUAAGGCUCUAUAGUGCAUUGAAGAAUUUUUGGGUUGAAAACAAUCCAAUUAUGGCCGAAUCUGCUCAAGAGUAUGCAGCUGGGGCUACCCCUAGCAAAUUUGAGCCGCGGAUUGAAACGAUUGCAAGAAUGGUAAAUAUCCAGCAACUGAAUGGAACUGAGAUCAGCAAGAAGAACAGACUGGAUGCAGAGAUUUACUAUUUGAUGCAUGUUGGGCUUGCAACCAGAGAUAUGGACCCCGCUGCAGUCCUGGCAAUCCACCCUCGAUUUGAGGAGCUUUGUCAAGUCCACGGACGUCCCGAUACUAGUGAUGAGUUCCUUAAGGCUACAAGUGAUAUGCUAAGGGAUCGACUGAUCGCCGUUACGCUUGUAUCGAAAGAUAGCCUCGAAGGCCCUGUGAAGGCAUCGGUUCAGAAAAAGAUUUUGGGAACAAUGAAAGUUAAGAACUUGAAGAAUUUGGCACAAAAGCUCUUGCGUGUCCCAGCUUUACGUCAAGAGUUAGUUUUCUUGACAGAUGAUCCUGAUUAUGAAGGCGUCAAGGUCAAUGUCAACAUGAAGGAUGAUAUGCGCCAGAUCUCGUACUACGAUAUCAAAGACGACCUUAUGCAGGCCACUUUCCAAGUCCAUACUUCUCCAGAUGAUGCUCAUCUCGGGCUAGAGGGAGGCUCUAUAGUGAUCUUUUGCGGUUAUGGUGAAGACUGGGGGCCAGUAAGUCCUGAUCGACUCGAUUUCACUCCUUGUUUCAAGUUCAGUGUCCUCUACGGCGCUUUCUCUAUCCUGGCUACCAUCGCUUUUAUUUCCCGGAUCCUUUAUUUGAGGAAACGGUGCACUCUUCAUCAUCUUGGAAGAACAGCUUGGAUCUACUGGCCAACUCAGAUUGCCAUGGGUACCGCUGCCGUUCUAUCCUUCGUGAAUGCAACCAGCAGACUACUACACGGGGACGGAUAUCCUGCAGCUGUCUUCGGCUACUUUUCCUUGGGGCUUGCAUGGGUCCUCGCAGUUGUCCUGAACUACAAUGAGCACCGAUACAAAAUCCGAUCCUCAGAUCCAAUUUUAUCAUUCUACAUCUUAAGCAUCACCUCGUCAUUGAGCGUUCUUUAUCAUGGAGCAGAAUCAGGCUUAGAAGCCAAUCCGGUCAUCUCACUUUCAACCACGAGAACGCUUACUGCCGAGGAUAUCCAGGGCCAGCUUCCGGGGUCUAUGAAAUCCUCUACGAGUCACGAUAAUAUUGACAGGCAAUGGCGCAAGAAUAUGAAGAGUAACCGAUCCGGAAGACAAACUUCAUUAUUCAGAACUGUCCUUCAAGUGCAAGCCCAUGCAAUGGAUGUUGGGACAGAUCAGGAGAAAAGUCCUGCAUAUGGUUUCCUCUUGGCAGGGGCCAUCUUCUCCGUCACGUUUAUUGGAACUAUUCUCCAAGCAGCGAGCAAACAAUACUCUAUUCAGCUCAGCUUGCAGGUCAAGUCAGCGCUGAUAUCAAUGGUCUAUCGUAAAUCACUACGCCUGAGCCCUGAAUCCAGGAACAAGUCAACAACGGGUGAAAUUACCAAUCACAUGUCCGUUGAUGCCGAUGUAUGGUCGGAGGCUCUCUUGUUUCUGAGUAUGUGGAUCUCUUUGCCCGUUGAGAUCUUCACAGCGAUGUGGCUACUAUACCGGCUUCUUGGAUGGAGUUUCUUGGUAGGAAUUUUAGCGAUUGCUGCAAUGGCACCCCUUCAAGUCUGGCGAGCUCGUAUAUACAAUCGCAUGCAGAAGAACAGGCUUUCCAUCAUGGACGAGCGUGUUCGACUUACAACUGAGUGCCUUUCUGCAAUCAAAGUUAUCAAACUAUACUGUUGGCAAUCCGCGUUCAAGAGAAGGAUCCUUGCUGUCCGGGACCGUGAAUUGGCUGCUAUGGAGCGCUUAGGUGUGGUUUACUCCAUCAUGUCUAUUCUCUUUACAUCCUCAACCCUCAUCAUCUCCCUCUUUACCUUAUCCGUGUACGCAACCUGGGGCGGAGAAGGGCUCACAGAGGGUAAACUUACAUCACAGACAGUUUUUGUAAGCAUGACAUUAUUUGCGAUGCUUAGAGCCCCUAUUGCGAAUCUUGCAGAAACAACUUCAGAGACAAUUAGGACCUUGGUCGGAACUAGAAGGAUUGAAGAGUUCUUACUGCUGGAGGAGUUGGAGGAAUCGAAUGUUGUACGCUUUAGUGGCGUUUCAACAGACCCCAGUGUCCCGGUGGUCAUUGUUCGCGAUGGUAGUUUCUCAUGGGAAAAGAAAGAAGAAGGUGAACAAAAUGCGUCAGGUCGUCCAACACAACAGCAAUAUACAGAGGACAUUCGGCCACUACUUGCUGAAGAGGCGGAUACCGACUCCAGUUCCCCUCCGGAAUCAUUCAAGUACUCACUUCAAAACAUUAAUCUUUUGCUCAACAAGGGAUCACUCAACGCUGUUGUCGGUCGGGUUGGUCAGGGCAAGUCAUCGCUUUUGUCUGCCAUCAUCGGAGAGAUGUACAAGCUCCAUGGACUAGUCGAAAUGAGAGGGCGCAUUGCAUAUGUACCUCAGCAAACCUGGAUCCUUUGCUGCUCUCUUCGGGACAAUGUUCUCUUCGGGAUGCCUUUUGAUCCUAUCCGCUACUACCAAGUCAUUCAUGCAUGUGGGCUGGAGCCGGAUAUUGCUAUGCUUCCUGGCGGGGACUUGACUGAGAUUGGUGAGCGUGGCAUCAACCUGUCUGGUGGCCAAAAGCAGCGAGUCUCACUUGCACGAGCUGCUUAUGCCGAUGCUGACAUUUACCUACUGGACGAUCCUCUUAGUGCUGUGGACGCACAUGUGGAUCGGCAUCUAUGGCAGAAUUUGAUUGGCUCCAGGGGCUUACUCAAAGGAAAAACAAGGAUCUUGGUAACCCAUGGUAUCCAUCAUUUGAGCGAAGUUGAUAAAAUUAUCAUGAUGAAAGAUGGCAUGAUCGCAUCUCAGGGCUCAUACAACGAUCUGAUGGCGGAAAAAGCCAUGUUCUACAUGCUUUUCAAGGAGUAUGCCCUCCAGAAGCGCCGAAACUCUGAGGAUGGCGAAAACAGUAAGGCGGCCAUCACUGAGUCAUCCACAUCUACCUCUUCAUUCACACAUCUUAAGGUUCGCUCAUCGAGCCCAUACGACGCAGGGAUUGAGAAUGACGAGAUCUCAAGUAACGGGACUUUAGACCAAGGGAUAGACACUCCGACGGCUGAGCCUCCUGAAGCGAGAGUCUCGGCAGCCGAGGCUGGAUUGGAAAGCGGUGCACAAGCAGCUACGAUGCUAGACGGAAAAACCAUUGUGGAUGAAGACAUCAAGGAAGGCAACGUUAGCUUUGAAAUCUUUUUAGCCUAUGUGCGGGCAAUAUCUUACAAGUAUUCGAUCAUAGUCAUCCUUCUGUAUGUUCUCCAGCAAGCUUCGUUGAUGGGGACCAGCCUUUGGCUCAAGCACUGGAUCAAGCGUAGUGAGAAGGCCUUACGUAGCGGUUAUGAGGAUGAAAACAGCCCCCCGCCAUCCUUAAAGGCGUUCCUGUCAGUCUUUGCGCUACUGACAUCAGCUUACGUUCUUUUGUGUAUGGCUACAAUUUAUGCCUCCUUCGUUGUCGCUCGUAUCCGAGCUUCGUCGCUAUUGCAUUCGGAUCUCUUGUCCAGGCUAUUUCGCCUACCUUCCUCCUUUUUCGACACAACGCCGCUUGGGAGGAUUAUUAACCGCAUCUCAGGCGACAUGGAAGCAAUUGAUGACAGACUUCCCUGGAGGGUUUCCGAUACUUUGAUGUUUUCAACGUCUGUCGUAUCUAGCAUUAUCAUUGUGUCAAUUUCAGCCCCGCUGUUCUUGGUGAGCCUACCUUUUUUUAUGGUGGCUGUCUUAAUGAUUCAGCGUAAGUAUCUCCACGCUUCAAGGGCGGUCAAGCGUAUUUUCCAUGUCUCCAAGUCGCCGAUCUAUCAGCAUUUUAACGAGACGCUCAAUGGAGUGCUUUCGAUCCGCGCCAUGCGAUAUCAGGCUCAAUUUAUUGAAGAAAAUUUGACUAGGGUGGAUACUCACACGAAUGCUCAUGUAGCCUACACCUACUGUAUUCGAUGGGUUGAGGUUCGUCUUCAGUGUUUGUCUGCAUUUGCUAUUGUGGUGGUCGCGAUAGCAUUUGUGGUGUCUCACGAUAAAGUUGAUCCAGCCACUGCCGGUUUAGCUAUGAGUUUCGUUUUGACCACCACACAGGAUAUCAGCUAUUUAGUCAGGAGCUACUGUGAACUACAGAACCUGUUGGUGGCCGUCGAGCGUGUGUGUGAAUAUACUGAUCUGCCAACAGAGGCACCCGAGAACCUGCCUUUACCGUUACCUCUAAUAGGAUCUGAGGAAGUAUGGCCUCCCAAAAAGGGCUCAAUCGUGUUUGAUCACUACUCGACUCGAUACCGUGAGAGGCUGGGCCUUGUUCUGGACAAUGUGUCGUUUGAUAUUAAGGCAGGCGAGCGUGUGGGUAUUGUAGGUCGCACGGGUGCAGGCAAGUCAUCUUUGGCUCUAGCGCUGUUUAGGAUGAUUGAAGCUGCAGAUAGCCACCUAGCUAAUGGUAGCGCAAGCUCGGAUAUAGUAACUGAAGCUCACAGGAGCUGCAGAGGCAAGAUUGAAAUUGAUGGAGUAGACAUCUCAACGCUGGGCCUGGUAGACCUUCGCCAGGCACUAGCAAUCAUCCCUCAGGACCCUGUUCUCUUCGCGGGCUCUGUCCGUGAGAACCUUGAUCCGUUCUCGGAACAUGUAGACCAGUCUCUUUGGGAAGCGUUAGAGCGAGCAUAUUUGAAAUCGUACAUCCAGCAACUGCAAGGGGGCUUAUCCUUCCAAGUGUCACAAAACGGCGAGAAUUUCUCAGUGGGCCAACGGUCAUUAAUUUGUUUAGCUCGAGCAUUGCUUCGGAAAACUAAGAUCCUGGUCUUGGAUGAAGCAACUUCUGCGGUAGAUGUGGAAACGGAUGAGCUUAUUCAACAAACAAUUCGGCGAGAGUUUCAAAACCGAACCAUUUUGACGAUUGCACAUAGGAUAAAGACCGUCAUGGAUUACGACAAGAUAUUGGUGAUGGAACAAGGUAGAGUUGUAGAGUUUGGUCAGCCAGAGAUUCUGUUACAGCGUAAGGAGGGCUCAUUAUUCUACAAACUGGCAAAGCAAGCGGGCGAAGUGUAGAAACGGU